GAAAAAAGCCAGCCCGAGGAAAAGGUUCCAGACCUUCGUCCCAUUUCCUCCCUCUUCUUCUCUCUCUCUCUCUCUCCGAGUACAGCCUCCAAAUCUCACAUAGUUCCCGAGGCAACCUGAACUGGAAAGUUGCCGCGAGAUGACCGGCUGCCGGCGCAAGUCCCCGGCAAUGUCUGCAUCCCUGCUCCUCCCUCUCGCUCUUCUUAUCCCCAUCCUCCUCCUUCACUCCUUUCCUGCUUCCGUCUCUGCUCAGCGCGGGGGAUCUGGCUCUGCUCCCCGCUGGCAGACUCUCUCCGGAAACAGCCCCAUCGUUGUAGCUCGGGGUGGAUUUUCGGGUCUUGUUCCGGACUCUUCUAGUGCCGCUUACCAGCUGACACAGCUGACCAGUGCGCCAGAUGCUGUCUUUUGGUGUGACUUGCAGCUCAGUAAAGAUUCAUUCGGGCUUUGUCUCCCCGAUGUCAAGCUUGAUAACUCUACGGAUAUCGCUCAGGUUUACCAGGGCCGUCAGAACACCUAUGCCGUCAAUGGCGUGAGGCAGACCGGAUGGUUUGCCAUGGAUUUCAACUCCACCGACUUGUCAACUGUUGCUUUGGCGCAGGGAGUUUUUUCUCGCAGUCAGAAGUUCGACAGCAAUUUGUUCCCUAUCUUAACUCCUGAUGAUGUUACUGCACUGAAGCCGGCUGGCUUCUGGUUGAACGUUCAGCAUGAUGCAUUCUAUGCACAGCACAAUUUGAGCAUGAGAAGCUAUGUUCUUGCUGCAUCUAGAAGAAUGGUUAUUAACUACAUCUCAUCUCCGGAAGUGGGCUUCUUGACAAGUAUUUCUUCACGAUUCAACCCAAGAAUCACCAAACUGUUCUUCCGGUUUAAUGGGUUCGACGAUGUCGAGCCUUCGACAAACCAAACUUAUGGUUCUUUACGAUCGAAUUUGACAUUUAUCAAGACCUUUGCCUCUGGAAUCCUUGUCCCUAAGACUUACAUAUGGCCGCUGGAUGCAAGUAAUUAUUUGCAGCCCAGUACUUCACUUGUCUUGGAUGCUCAUAAAGCUGGGCUUGAAGUUGUGGCCACAGACUUUUACAAUGAUGCUGUUCUGAGCUACAAUUACAGUUACGACCCUGUCUCCGAGUAUCUUCAAUUUGUAAACAAUGGUCAGUUCUCCGUUGACGGUGUGCUGUCUGACUUCCCAAUCACUCCAUCUGCCGCAUUUAAUUGCUUCGCUCACAUGGGCCAGAAUGCUUCAGACAAAGUAAAUACUUUGGUCAUCACCAAAAAUGGUGCCAGUGGAGACUACCCAGGCUGUACCAACCUUGCAUACCAAAAAGCUAUCUCAGAUGGAGCAGAUGUUAUUGACUGCCCAAUCCAGAUAUCUCAGGAUGGAGUCGCAUUUUGCCAAAGCUCUAUAAACCUCAUCGACACUACAACAGCAGCUGAAUCAUUGACAAGCUUGUCAACAAAUGUUCCGGAGCUCAAAGGCGAUGGCAUAUAUACAUUUAGCUUGAAUUGGACCCAGAUUCAGGGCUUGACUCCGGUCAUAUCCAAUCCAUUUCCUAGUUAUCAGUUGGUCCGUAAUCCAAAGGAGCGAAAUGCUGGAAAGCUAGUUUCCCUAGCCGACUUCUUGGUUAUGGCAAAAGACGCUGGGUCACUUUCUGGUGUCUUAAUCAACAUUGAGAAUGCAGCUUAUCUAAUGGAGAAGCAGGGGCUAGCUGUGAUUGAUGCAGUUGAGACCGAGCUGACCAAAGCUGGUUACGAUAACCAGACAGCUCUGAAAAUCAUGGUCCAGUCCACCAAUAGCUCAGUUCUAAUGAAGCUGAAGGAUAAAAAACAGUAUGAGCUGGUUUACGCUGUUGAUGAGACAAUUGGUAGUGCAGACCCUUCUGCUGUUUCAGACAUCAAGAACUUUGCUCACUCUGUUGUGAUCAGCAAGGAGUCGGUGUUCCCUGAGAACGACGCUUUCGUGACCAGAAUGACCGAUGUCAUAACGAAGCUGCAGAAGGCCGAUCUCCCGGUCUACGUCCAAACCUUCAGCAACGAGUUUGCAUCUCAACCGUGGGACUUCUUUGCAGAUAUCAACGUAGAGCUGAACACCUACAUCUUGGGGACCAAUAUCAGCGGGGUUGUCACAGACUUUCCUGAGACACCUAACAGAUACAAGAAGAACAGAUGUCUAGCUAAUUUGGACAAUGUUCCUCCCUACAUGGCCCCAGUUCAGGCAGGCAGUCUGCUGGGACUUGUCCAGACGCCAUCAUUGCCGCCAGCUCAGGCUCCCAACCCGCCUCUGACUGAGAACGACAUCGCUGAGGCGCCUUUGCCGCCCGUUGGAACCAGGCCUACGGCUGACUCUCCCCCUGGUGCUGGAGCUACGCCGCCACCAAGCCCAAGUGGGCAGCCAAAGGGAGCAGCUGCAGGGUUCGUGGUUUCGAGCGUGGCUAUCCUUUUCACCGCGCUUUCGCUGCUGCUGCAUUGAGUCUGAGAAGAUGUCAGGCUGUAAAUGGUGAUUAGGGCCUCUCAUCUGUCUCUAAUUUGCUCGAAGAAGACAUGGGGAAAAGAUUUUUAGAUGUUUUGCGCAGUAGUUGCUGCUUGACUGGCUCCCCUCGAGUUCCGGCUAAUCAUGUUCACAUUGUAUUUUUCUACGGCCUUUUGUUUCCUUUUCCGUUAUUUACCAGACAGGCAGAUCCUUUGUUAGGUAAUUUAUUGUAUCAUUCUUGAUUGGAGAGAUGGAGGUGGUUUAGAAGACGACGGAUCAGGGAAGAGUUGGGAAAAUUGUAAGAGAGUGAGUACAUUAGCUGGCUGUUUGGUAUGUUGUAAUAUAAACGAAAACAACCUGAGGACAAGAAGGAAUAAUUUAUUCUUUGGUGU